UGCGCCGGACAAAACUGCGAGUGACCACGUGUGCGCUGCGACGUGCUUUACACACGCAACCGCCGAAUCCCCCUGCCUUCUAAAAACUCGAUAGAAUGGAUUCUCUAAAGUCGCUCUCUCUUUCAUUGUGUGCGUGUGCGUGUGUCUCUCUCACAACUCGGCGGGAGCACGAAGGUAUCGUAAAGAAAACGAAUAAUUUCCCCUUCGUCGCGCCAUCCGUAAUGAUCCCCCGUCGAUCAUCCUCGGAGACUGAAUCUCAAUCGCGACUAUAACGAAACGCGGAUUGCAUCAAGACGUCGUGCGUCUUCGCUCGUUCUUUCGCUCUUGCCGUUUGCGCGGGGGCUUUGAAACCACUACGAAACCCAAUGGAAUCUACAGAUCCAGACGCUGCGAUUGCACGAGAUUUUUUGCUUAUCGACAUCGGUAGUGGUACUCGCCGAAGUUGCGUCGGUUUCUGAUCGUCGCCCUCGCGCAUAUCGCUGAAUUUCAGUUUACAUUAUCGAAUACCUCCGAGCGGUUCUCUCAUUAGUAUAAUUGCCUUUGAACUUGACACCGUUCUCUAGAUAGAAGCACGUGACGGUAAGUAGGAUUAUUCUCGCAGGUAAGAGAGAGAGAGAGAGAGAGAGAGCGAGCAAGCAGUCCCGAGAACAAGGAGCCUUGUCGCGUGUCGUUCGAUCGCGAAGAGUCGGGUGAAGCCGUAAGUAGAUCCCACGUGCGUGAAACAUGCAUUGCGGAAUGGCUCAUUUGACGACAUGGAGCCGCGGGAAGCCUGAUAGCUAAAAAGCUCAGCAUGUAAUCGAACAAUAAAGAUCUUGACUCUACGGGAAUCCAUUAACUGUUUUACUUAGACAUCAAUGUAGUCUAUUAAGUAACAUUAUUCACGUUCAAAUGCAAUAUCUAUUUUCAUACAUGCUGGUAUUUCGUCAUGCUGCAUUCCAGAUAGGAAACUUAGAUACUCGUUUUCACAAACUAAUUGAGGAUUUAGCCGCUUUCGAGUAGUUGUUGUUGAAAUCGCUAGAGUUGCUUAAUUCCGUCUGAUGUAUUUAUCAGUUUCUUCCUAUCCUUUCUCCGAACGUAGACGCGUAAUACUUACGAUGUUUUGAAUACAGGAAGUGACGAAAGAAUAUAAAAAAAAAAAAAAGAAUUAUCUUUGAAACAACACGUGUUCGCUUGAAAUACGAAUCGUGCAUAUUUGCAUACGUCACCAGCAAAAAUAAUCUUUCGCGAUAGUGACACAAAGUGUCGCAAAUUGAGUAUUAGCGCGAGUAUCGUAAAAUGGAAAUUAUUGAUUAUUAAAGCAAAAGGGGAAUGCAUAGAAUAUCUUACAAAUUUGUUUAAUCGAUUGCAAGUGUUAUUUUAUGGAUAUAUAUUUUUAUUUUAAUGUAUUUUGCAAGAAUUUUUAGCAUACAUUUUCUCGCUUCUGACGUCAGUUAAAAGAAAUAGACAAUGUGAGACCAAGAGCCUUAAGUCGUAAUCUUAUGCAAAGUACUGUGUUAAAGGUCUCUCCCUCCCCCUCUCUCGUUCUUGGUGAUAAGUGCAAACCGCCACGAUAAACCGUAACGAUAACAUCGGUCAGAGGUUAAGUAGGCGGGUAUUUUUUUUUUUAACGACCGCAUGUAGUCGAUGCGAUUGGAGGAAAUUGGUCUCAUCCCAGCGCGGCACAAAAGCCUCUUCAAUAAGCAUAGUCAUUUGUAACGCGCCGUUGUAGCAGAAUCUUGGUUCCUUCGCAAGUUGCAUGAGAACAUAAAUAUCGCGCACAAAUGGCAAAAGACUUACGGGAAGGACUACUAUUGGGCAUGGGAAACCCUCUACUUGAUAUCUCAGCAACUGUAGAUACUGAAUUUUUAAAAAAGUAUGAUCUAAAGUCCAACAACGCUAUUUUGGCUGAGGACAAGCACAAACCCCUGUACGAGGAAAUGGUUAGAUUGUACAAAGCUGACUUUAUUGCGGGAGGAUCUGUACAGAAUACUAUGAGAGUGGCACAAUGGCUACUGCAGAAACCAAAUGUUGCCACUUACAUGGGCUGUGUCGGCAAGGACAAGUAUUCCAAGAUUUUGGAGGACAAAGCUAAACAGGCUGGUUUGAAUGUUCGGUAUCAGUAUGUUGAGGAGGAACCAACUGGAACAUGUGCAGUUCUCAUUACAGGGAAAGAACGUUCUCUAUGUGCUAAUUUGGCAGCAGCAAAUUGCUUCUCACAGUCACACAUUGAAAAGCCAGAAAACAAGCGUCUCAUAGAAACUGCAAGAUACAUUUAUAUAUCAGGAUUUUUUUUGACGGUCAGUCCGAGCUCCAUACAAACGGUAGCCAAACACGCGUACGACAACGACAAAAUAUUCAUGAUGAAUCUCAGUGCUCCGUUUCUAUGCGACUUCUUCCAAAAACCCAUGUUAGACGCUCUACCUUAUGUAGACAUAUUAUUUGGCAAUGAAACUGAAGCGGACACGUUCGCAAAGGUGAAUAAUUUUGCUGAUUGCACAGACAGGAAGCAGAUCGCAUUGAAGAUAUCGGAGAUGGAGAAAAUCAAUGACAAGAGAAAACGAAUCAUCAUCAUAACACAAGGCUGCGAGCCAGUGCUCGUAGCCAAAGACGGCACGGUGACGGAGUAUCCCGUUGCGAAACUGCCAGAGGAAAAGGUUGUGGAUACCAAUGGUGCUGGCGACGCUUUCGUUGGUGGUUUCCUCGCACAAUUCGUACAAGGUAAAAGUAUAGAUACGUGCAUAAAGUGCGGCAUUUGGGCAGCCACGGAGAUCGUUCAGAUGUCCGGAUGUACUUACGAGGGAAAGCCGAAUUUCCAGUCUUGAUCUACGCCAAUUUGCUAGCAAUAAUGAGUACUUAAUAAAAGGCUUAAUCUUUUUUUACCUCGA